GCGCGGCACAGUCGCCGUCCCGCUGUGCUCCGAGCUCGUCAUGGCGUCGCUUACUGUGAAGGCCUAUCUGCUGGGCAAGGAGGGCGCGGCGCGCGAGAUCCGACGCUUCAGCUUCCGCUUUAGCCUGGACUCUCAGGUGGAGGCUGAGGCGGCGGCGGCGGGCCCUGGGGCCUGCGAACAGCUGCUGUGCCGCGUGGCAGCCCUGUUCCCGGCGCUGCAUCCUGGCGGCUUCCAGGCGCACUACCGCGAUGAGGAUGGGGACUUGGUGGCCUUUUCUAGUGAUGAGGAGCUGAUGAUGGCCAUGUCCUAUGUGAAGGAUGACAUCUUCCGCAUCUAUAUUAAAGAGAAGAAGGAGUACCGGAGGGAGCACCGACCCCACUGCGCACAGGAAGCGCCUGGCCCCAUGGUGCACCCCAACGUGAUUUGCGAUGGCUGCAAUGGGCCUGUGGUGGGGACCCGCUACAAGUGCAGCGUGUGUCCGGACUACGAUCUGUGUGCCACCUGCGAGGGCAAAGGCAUCCACAAGGAGCACAGCAAGCUUGUGUUCACCAGGCCCCCAGGACACUUGGCCGAGGGCCUGGUUCUCAACCGCCUGCUCCGGAAGCUGAAACACGGCCACAGAGGGUGGCAUGGCUGGGAGAUGGGCCCCCCAGGCAACUGGAGCCCUCGGCCUCCUCGGGCAGGGGACAUCCGCACCAGCCCUGCCUCAGAGUCGGCUUCUGGCCCACCCGAGGAUCCCGGAGUUAGUUUCCUGAAGAACGUAGGGGAGAGCGUGGCAGCUGCACUCAGCCCUCUGGGCAUCGAAGUUGACAUAGAUGUGGAGCAUGGAGGGAAGAGGAGCCGCCUGACACCUGGCUCCCCCGAGAGCUCGGGCACCAAGGACAAAGGCAGCUCCCAGCCCAGCAGCUGCUCCUCUGAGCCCAGCCCUCCGGGCAGCAGUGGCACAGGCACAGGUGCAGGCACAGCGCAGGCUCUGGCAGAGCAGAUGAAGAAGAUUGCCCUGGAGUCCCCAGGGCAGAGCGAGAUGGAAUCUGACAACAACGGUUCUGGAGGGGACGAUGACUGGACUCACUUGUCUUCAAAAGAAGUGGACCCGUCCACUGGAGAGCUGCAGUCCUUGCAGAUGCCGGAGUCAGCAGGGCCGAGCUCUCUGGACACCACCCAGGAGGGGCCCACAGGGCUGAAGGAAGCCGCCUUGUACCCCCAUCUCCCCCCAGCAGAGGCUGACCCUCGGCUGAUCGAAUCACUGUCGCAGAUGCUGUCCAUGGGGUUCUCAGAUGAAGGCGGCUGGCUCACCCGGCUCCUGCAGACCAAGAAUUAUGACAUUGGGGCAGCGUUGGACACCAUCCAGUACUCCAAGCAGCCGCCACCCUUGUGACUGCCUGGGCCCCGUCCCCUAGUUGCGCCCGUGUAGUGUAGGGCAGCAGACCCUCUGGGGCCACUUUCUGUGUCCUUCCAGAAUCUUAGGUGAGGACGUGUAGAGCCAUGGGGCAGGUGAUGCGGCCAUAGGCAACAGAGCCAGGUCCCUGUCCCCACCCAUGUCUCACCCACAACCCUGAGCUUGCUUACAGUGAGUAAUUACACAGAUGCCUGGCUGCUGUUGGGGUGCUGUCACUGCCCCUGAGGCCUGGGGAGGGACUGGUGAGGGGGCCUUUGCUCAAGUGCAGCAUGGUGCCCGAGGAGAGCCCUGCCCUGCUGCGCCCUGUCUGCAGACCAGCAGUCACCUCUGAUUAAAGCGCACGCACUUUAGCCCA